GGAGCCGCGGCCGGGGAGCGACCUGUCAGGGCACCUCGCAGGCCGGCCCCCAGAACCCUUCCCACGCGUCGGUUUGUCCCCGGGAGAAGGCGAGUUGGGAGCCUCUCCAUGCCUUAUCAAGUUCCUUAUCUGAGCGGCUCCCAGAGGCUGUAGAACAGUUCAGCUUUAUCUGGUGUAAGGGAGAAAAACAGUGUAGCUCUCGCACUCCAUCCUGUAUCGAGGACCACCUAUUCUGCUGGGGUUUAUCACACGAAGAUGAUGAAAUGUGGAUUGCUGGGUGAACCAUUAGGUCUCUGUUGUGAAACGAGGGCUUUGUAUUCGCCUUCCAGUUCCUGAUCUGUGCCGUGUGUGAGAGGACGCUAAUCUUUCUCCUUCAUCCCCCUUCCCUAAACCUUUCCUUGCUUCCAUGUUGCAUUGGUCAGACUUUUGGUCAGUGUUGUUUACGGAAGGAGGGGGGAAGAAGGCAGUCGAGGUUACAAACAAAAGUACUUGUAUGACUCAUCUACUUGGAUUUAAGACAUUGUAUCCUUCUUUCACGGGGCCUUUGCUUCUCUCUGAAGGAAUCAGAUGCUUUUUCCUAUUCUUCCAGAGGAGGAUGGAUUGAAAGUUGUACGUUUUAGACUUUUUUUGGGCCACUGCUGAUAUUAUUAAAAGACAUAAUGGGACUUUUUCACUGGAUUAUUGCCAGAAUUAGUUUACACACUGAAACAAUGAGUUGUUAGGCCUCUCAUAUGAUAAUAUUUGUCCUGCUUUAAUAUAAAGUUGCUGUGGAGGUGUUUUUGAAAUUGCGGAGGACAGUCUGCAUCAGAAGAGGCUCUCUUCAUCUCUGGUUGGUGUAGCAACCGCAAUCUGUCCUCGAUGCCUUCAGCCUUGGCCAUCUUCACUUGCCGCCCGAACUCCCACCCGUUUCAGGAGCGUCAUGUCUACCUGGACGAGCCUGUCAAGAUCGGCCGCUCGGUGGCUCGCUGCCGGCCAGCCCAGAACAAUGCCACCUUUGACUGCAAGGUGCUCUCCAGGAACCAUGCUCUGGUCUGGUUUGAUCACAAGACAGGCAAGUUCUAUCUUCAAGACACUAAAAGUAGUAAUGGUACCUUUAUUAAUAGUCAGAGACUGAGUAGAGGAUCUGAGGAAAGCCCACCAUGUGAAAUUAUGUCAGGUGACAUCAUCCAGUUUGGUGUAGAUGUGACGGAGAACACGCGGAAAGUGACCCAUGGAUGUAUAGUCUCCACAAUCAAACUGUUCCUUCCAGAUGGAAUGGAAGCUCGAUUGCGAUCAGAUGUUAUCCAUGCACCAUUACCAAGUCCUGUUGACAAGGUUGCUGCUAACGCUCCCAGUAUGUAUUCUCAGGAAUUGUUUCAGCUUUCACAGUAUCUACAAGAAGCCUUACAUCGGGAACAAAUGUUGGAACAGAAGCUGGCAACCCUUCAGCGACUGCUUGCUGUCACACAAGAGGCUUCAGAUACUAGUUGGCAGGCUUUAAUAGAUGAAGACAGGCUGCUAUCAAGACUAGAGGUUAUGGGAAAUCAAUUACAAGCUUGUUCAAAGAAUCAAACAGAAGACAGUAUACGAAAAGAGCUUAUAGCAUUACAGGAGGACAAACACAACUAUGAGACAACAGCCAAAGAGUCCCUGAGGCGGGUCCUUCAGGAGAAAAUUGAAGUGGUCAGAAAACUAUCUGAAGUGGAGCGGAGUUUAAGUAACACAGAAGAUGAAUGUACACACCUGAAAGAAAUGAAUGAGCGGACUCAGGAAGAAUUAAGGGAAUUAGCUAAUAAGUACAAUGGAGCUGUAAAUGAAAUUAAAGAUCUUUCUGACAAGCUAAAGGUAGCAGAAGGAAGACAAGAAGAAAUCCAACAAAAAGGACUGGCUGAGAAAAAGGAAUUGCAGCAUAAAAUAGAUGAAAUGGAAGAAAGAGAGCAAGAGCUUCAAGCAAAAAUAGAAGCUUUGCAGGCUGAUAACGACUUCACCAAUGAGCGGCUGACUGCUUUACAAGUACGGUUAGAACACCUGCAAGAGAAAACUCUUAAAGAACACAACAGCUUAGGCAUACAAGUUGACGACUUCAUACCUAAAAUAAAUGGGAGCACAGAGAAAGAGCACUUUCUUUCAAAGAGUGGAGGGGACUGCACUUUUAUUCAUCAGUUCAUAGAAUGUCAGAACAAGAUCAUAGAUGAAGGACAUCUAACCAAAGUGGAAGAAACAAAGCUUUUGAAAGAAAACCAAGCACGAGUCAAAGAAUCGAACGAUUUGUCUGACACCCUUAGCCCGAGCAAGGAAAAAAGCAGCGACGACACUACAGAUGCUCAAAUGGAUGACCAAGAUCUAAAUGAACCUAUUGUCAAAGUAGCUCUUCUAAAAGAUGAAUUGCAGGGUGCACAAUCAGAAACUGAGGCUAAGCAAGAAAUUCAGCAACUGCACAAGGAGCUGAUUGAAGCCCAAGAGCUAGCUAGGACAAGUAAACAAAAAUGCUUUGAACUUCAAGCUCUCUUGGAAGAAGAGAGAAAAGCAUAUCGAGUGCAAGUUGAAGAAUCCAACAAGCAAAUAAAUGCUCUGCAAGCUCAGUUGCGAAGGUUACAAGAAGAAAUUGAGAAUCUUCGCAAGGAGAAGGAGAAUGAAAUCUCAGCCACUCGAAAUGAACUAGUCAGUGCUCAAAAUGAGAUUCUGUCACUUCAAAAAGUAGCAGAAAAAGCAGCCUCAGAACGAGACACAGAUAUUUCUGCCUUGCAAGCUGAGCUGCAGACGGUGCGAGCGGAGCUUGACCGCUGGAGGAACGAUGCCUCGGACUAUGAGAAAGAAAUUGUCAGUCUGCAAUCCCGGUUCCAGCUCAAGUGCCAGCAGUGUGAGGAGCAGCAGAGGGAGGAGGCCUCUCGCCUGAAAGACGAACUUGACAAGUUGAAGGCAGAGUGGAUUGCUCUGGAAGCUGAAUGUGUUAAACUGAGGAAGGAAAAUAGUUCACUUACAUCUGAACUUCAGCGACAAGAGAAGGAGCUUUCUAGCUCUCAGAAACAGAGUUUAGCACUAACCAGCGAUAUAAGUGUUCUUGAAAUGUCUCGGAAGGAACUUGAAAAUCAGAUGGGAUCAUUGAGAGAAAAACAUCAACGGGAUGCAGCCAGUCUGAAAACUCAACUCAGUGAAGCUGAAAGUCAAGCAAAAGAUUUUCAGAAAGAGUAUGAAAGAACACAGACUGUGCUCUCAGAGCUGAAGGCCAAGUAUGAGGUGGCUGAACAACAAAACCAGUCACUCACGGAGGAGCUCAAACAAUGUAAAGAAAACCUGAAGCUGCUACAAGAAAAAGGAAACAAUCCUUCCAUAUUACAACCCGUCCCAGCCGUAUUCAUCGGCCUAAUCCUGGCUUUCCUGUAUUGGUGUUACGGCCCAUUGUGGUAGCGAAAGAGACAAUGGCCUUGGAUGCCUGUGAUGGCAGCUUUGGUUGCUGUAACAGCCGUGGUGCUGUACCCAGGCCUAACCAGAGCUUCUCCAUGAGAACUGUUGUUGAAUCCAUACACCGUCCUCCCUUUAGAAGCUGGCAACAUUCAUAUACUGAGGGAAAACAGAUUAAUUCUCUUCCUUUUUACCUCUUAAUACAGCACAGCUCUGCGUGAGAACAGCAGUAGGGUCAUUUGCUUUAAACUGUAUAAAAUGUAUCUGUCUAUAAAGAGGGAAUAAAAUUGUGAUUCAUCAUUCUGUGAGCAAUAUUUUUGCUUACAACUUCAUGCAAGUUUUAAAUUAGUAUGUUGGGAUUCUGAGUACUAUAAUGGUGGCCUAAAGCAGGCUUCUUGGUACCAAAUUAUUUAUAAUGGCUAGGGUUGUGGACACUGACUUUAGAAUCCGAUUGCUAGACUUAAAAGGAAAAUACUGAUUUGGUCAUCCAAGCCAAGUAACCUUGCAGAUACUUGGGAAACAGAUGCAGUAUGCUCAGUGCCUUUCAGUAUGAUCUAUUUUUUUUUAAACUAGUGUAUCAUUUUACUUGCUGUUAGUCACUGAGCUGUUGGGAACAAGACAUAAGAAAACUUCUCUUACUACGCCUUUCAAAGGAAGCAUAUUUUUCUUUCAUAAGGAUUGCUUUAUUAAUGGGUUUUGGGAAUAAACACAAUUCAUGUCCAGCCUUAAAGAGAUAGAGAUGCAGAUGGUGAAGACCAGCCUCAAGUAUUUAGUGUGCGCGUGUGCGAGUGUAAGCAUGUGUGUGUUCUUGAGUGGACUGAGGUGUUUCUGGGAGCAAGUACUUGGUCAUUUGAUGGACAUAGUGCAUUGAUUCAACUUAUGUUAACUUUAGUUUGAAUGUAAUUUAUUAAAUUUCAUAUAUUUAAAGAGAUACGUUCUUUAAAAGUAUGAAUACCUUCUCACAUAUCACAUGUAUCAGUUUAUUUUUUCAGUCAUUUGAUACCUUCUGACUUGAGCUGGAGAAGCUCUUUAGAAUAAGCUUUUGUGGACGUAACUUUUAUUAAGAGAACUGCUACAGUACGUCUGUGAUAGCUGAGAAAAUCUAGAUACAGAAAAUACUACAAAAUUGGAAUCAUACCUGAUGAAGCAUUGUCAGGUGAUGAUUUUAAUUUGGUAGUAAAAUUUUGUGGCUCCUUAUCACAUGGCUGUAAGUAUGAUGCAGUGGUCCCCAUUACAAAGUUUAUUUUCCUUAUCUAAGUUCUAUAACUAUUGCUAUUUGCUGACUUUUGGUGGGAAUCACUGUAGUUAGUGCUGAAUUAAAUGUAGACAGUAGUUGUCUUGUUCAGCUCAACAGUUCUGUCAAAAAAGUUUAUUAAAGACUUAAAUAAGAUGUUAAAGAAUGGUAAAGUGAUAUGGCUCUGCUAAAAAAAUUUCAAAAUAGGGAAGUAAUCUCAGCAAUUCAAUUGGCUUUAAAGGAUGUUAUGGCAAUCGACAGAUAGUUUAAAUAUUUAAAUAGAAAUUUAGUAUAUAAUUUACUUUGUGAGGUUUUAAGGGUCAUUGUCCUUUAAUUAAAGGUUCUAUCUUAAGUUACGUGGGAUUUGCUAAUGGGAGGAUUAUUAGUUGGAGAAAAUAGUCCACAAGUGACUUGUAGAAAAUAACUAUUGUCAUUUAGUUCAUUCAUUUCAUCUUUUUCAUCCUUUUCAGUUGCAGGAAGCCACCCAACCACAGAACACUCGUAUGCCAGUGGUACUUAGUACCUCUUGUAUAUAGGUUAUUGCAAAUAUUGUUCUGAAAUGCUUAACUUCAGAAUUACAUUUUUUUAAGUAAUUAAUUGUUUUAAAUCUAUUUUGUAAAGAUAUAAAAAUACAAUAGAAUUUCUGGAGUACAGAUUAAACUAUUUGCACUAACACACGUGAUGUGCAUGAUUUAAUAAAAUAACUUUACUCUCCCUAUGCAUGUUUGAGUUGAAUGUCAUUUGAAAACAAGAGAUUCAUGCUAAGUUUCUUUUGCACUAGAUAUUGCCACAGUUACUAGGCACAAUGUCUGCAGCAUGUCCAGUAAGAGUAAAAGACUUUUUUUUUUUUUUUUUUUUACCUUUUAUUUCACAUUUGUGCUGGUUUAAGUUUUGGUCUAGCUGAUCCCUCUGUCUGUGAUUUUCAGAAGGAAGUGGAGUAGGAGAGAGUCCUGGAAGGCUUGGGAGCAUAUUGCCAUGGAGGAGGAGGAGGAGGUGUUGGAGCUGCAGGGUGGAUGUGCCGUGGCAGGGUGGUGAGCUGGGAGGAGCAGUGCCUGCAGGUCCUGGGCCAUAGAGGAAAGCCCUGAGGGGGAAGGGGCCUGAUGCUGCCUCCCCAUCUCUUCAGCAUCUCAACCUCCCCGUUUGUCCCUGUUUCAGCCACUGUUUCCUUUGCUGGCAGCCUGAGGAGGUGGAGCCUGGCAGGGCUGGGGGUCCCUCUCCGAUGGCAGCAGAGAGGGUGCCAGGUUCCCUGGGGACAGCUGGGGGCCCUGCAGCACAGCAGGUCUGCUGGGGCUUAAGUUGGCCUUGUAUUAAAGACAAAGGUUGUGUUUUCCAAAGUCUUUAGCACGUCAGAGAGCUGCAGUUUGAGGCUGAACAUGGUUGUAUUAAAGGAGGAAUAUUUCUAAUUUCCUUACAUGCAUGUAUGCAUAUUUAUAUUCUAUACACAGGUGCAUAGUACACAUUGCAUGGGGGCUUGUGCUUACAAGUAUACCUGUGGUUCCCUAAUACAGUGCCUUUUCCAGGAGUUCUUGGCAUUUGCAUGUUCAAAAUGAUGAGGAAUGAGCUCAAAUGCACAGUUCACUCCUCUGUUGUGAGAAUCCCUGGAGAAGGGUUGGGUAACUGGGAAGGUGCUGUUCUUCAGUGCUUUGAUACUAAAACACCAAGUGGAGUUAUUUUGCAAGGACUCCUUGCACAAACCUUUCUGGGUUUUUAUUGCUUUUUUAAUGGUAAAUGUGUGUGCUCUUUUACAUUCAUAUUUAGGUUCUUUCUUUUGUUAGGCUUGAUUAGCUGAGCCUUGGAGUUACAAUACCAAGCAGCUUUUCACACGUGUGAGAUGCUCCACUUAUAAAACAAGUGCUCUGAGCUUGCACUGAAGUUUGAGGUUUUAAAAAGGUUCCUCAUAGUAGCAAAGUUAGAAAGUUGUUUUAUCAGUUGCUAGUUCAAUUUGGAAGAUUUAGUAUAAAUCUUAGAAUAUGUGAACAUUUCUUCAGAUUUGUCCUGGUGUCUUGAGUGAGGCACCUUUUUUAAAUUCUCAAAGAAUUUACCUACGUGGGGACUACAAUAUCAGGCCUUUUAUUUAAAAAUACAAAUAUGUAAAAAAUAUAGUGUGAUUUUCCUUGUAGCUGAAUUAAAUGCGUUCUUCCAGAGUCUUUGCCUCCUCCUUUUUGCAGAAUGUCUGGAUUUUUUUGGUGCUAAAUGGAGAAUUGUGAGCCUGCACAAUCUAUUGCAAGAGUUCUCAUGAAACAGUGAGAAUUAGUCUCAGAUAACUGAUAGCUGAAGCAAAGGUAAUCAAUCACCUGUGCGUGUAUUUUUGGGGUAUAUCCCUAAGUUAUUUUUCUAAUCAAGUCUUCUGAAGUAUGUUACCUGUUCCAGAUUUCUGUGUGCUUUAUGUAAGAUUUUGAAUGUCUCCUGCCUUAAUCCAUAGGGUUCUGCCACUUGCAAGAAUAUUUCUUUGGCUUGAAUCUUUUCCAUGACAAAUCCACUGCCGAAUUCAUUCCACCAGCAGCAUCUGAGUGCUCUAAAACACCAGGUCACCACUAUGGCUUUUGGGAAGCCACUGUCCUUUGCACUGGCUCUGCAAGUGGGGCUGGCCAGGUUUCACCAGGGGCCUUUUCCCCCUCUGGCUGUUCAUCCACCAUUAGUGUUUCAUUAGCAACUGCCUCAAAAUUUUGAGUCCCCUAUUUGAGUCUCCUAUUAACAAUAGCAAUUGAUCAUAAAACAGAAUUAGAAGCCAUAUUCUUUCCUUCUCUCUUGCAUAUACCUCUGGGUCUGUUUGAAGAGUGAUUGCUUCCUGCAAACAGCUGCAUUGAAUUCCCCAGAUCCAGCUGAUUUGCUCAUCCCAGUCCCUCUUUGCACGUGCUUGUGAACACAGAAUUCCUCUUUCUUCUCUGGUGGGGAAUUGGGCUGCAGUAUAGGGGAUUAUUUUCUGGCCUUCCUGGGUUUUUACUUUGUAGAAACUUGUUGAAAGUGAGCAGAGGUUUGUCCAACCAGAGCCAAGUUCUGCUGCUUGGAAGAGAGGGGCUGCAUGCAUUCCUGCUUGCAAGCUGGGUGCUUCCAGUGUCUGACCAAAGGCUCCCAGCAGUAGAAGGUCAAUCAGCAAUUGAAACACAGGUUUUGCUGGGAAGGGACAUUACAGCUCAAGUUCCCAUUUGCAAAGGUAAGGGGAACUCAUCAUUAAUCUGGAUAACACAGUCAUAAAACUUCAGUCUGAUUUCAGCAGCAGCAGCAGAAUUCAGCAUUUGUUAGAAAAAAAGAAUUCUUGCUUUGAGAAGUUCAGAAAAAGGAUCAGUCACCUCUAGAUAAGGUACGUGAGCAACUACUGUUCUCUCAAAAAAACCCCAAACCAAUCCCCAACCCUGUGCUUUAGUUCAUCUUGCUUUGCCUUCCAAAAAUGGAACUCCAAUACAUCUCCCUUGGAGGAUGUUGUUUUGCUGCAAAUCUUGUCCUGAUCUAGGGAUUUGACAUACCAUGUUCAUAACUUCCAAUCUUACUGUAUAUGAAUGAAUUGUUAAAUUUUUUUCUUCAUCCCUCUAGUUUUUGUUGUCAGCUUUUUAAGCAAUUUUUAAUUUUGCAAAUGUGUAGAUGCCAGAACAGAACAUGUCCUUACAGUUAUUACCCUGCUAACAUCAUAUGAAUAGACAAUAAGCUUUAUAUCUUGCUCUGGUUUUCUUGUUUGAUUGUCUACCAGAACUUUUUUUGGGGGGAUUCACUGACUUCUAGAUUUAACCUUGUCAAUCAAAUCACUGUACUCCUCACAUCACCCUAGUAUGAGGUGCACCCUGUGGUAUCUGACUUUGCAAUAUUGUUUGGUAAAAACCACUGUAGGCAGCAGGCCCAAGCAGCAGCCUGUUCCCAUCACUGUUGAGCACAGCAUUGAAGGAGGUUUUUUCCCUUUAGGUUUUAUAGGGAUGGUUCCUGAAGCUUUAUUCUGGACUAUUGAUCAUACACUAUUGAACAGUAGUGAGAGAAAAGCUGAUCCCUCAUGCACAAUAGGGAAAAUAUUCAUAGAAUAGUUCCUGCACUCCUUCACUUAGUUUUCACAAACUGACAGCUGUUCUACGUUAUUAGUUAACAGUGAUAGUAGUGUAGUGAUCACUUUUAUUGGAAUGUCAUGAUUUCCAGAAGUCUUGGUUUAAUAACACUAAUAAACUCAUUUUUUAAAAAACUUUGAAAAGGGGAAUUUUAUUUUCUAAAUGCUUUGACAGGUAUGAAUUAUUUUAUAUUCUUGAAUCUUUUGCUGACUGCUUCCUGUAGGUUGUUCUAUGAUUUGCUUACAUCUUAGAAUGAAGCAAAGCCAGUCCUUUUCCCAGGAUCAGACAUUUUACUGUCUUCCCUCAGCCCCAUCGUGUUGUUUGCACAUUUCUGACACUUCCCUCUCCAAGCAUUUCAAAUUCCAGGUUGUUCAGUGGCUCAGUGUGCUCAGUGAGCAUCAUUCCCAGAGCUGGCUGUGUCCCAGCCCCAAGCACUGAGGGAUGUGGAUGUGUGUCUGUGCUGUUCUGGGCUGUGCAUGUGGUGGAGCAGGACAUGGGCACUGGUGUUCUGUGGCCACGAGAGAGAGUGGGUGUCAUUGAGGUUGUUGGGGAAAUGGUUCUCAGCUGUGGGAGUGGAGAUGUUGGCAGGGAGAGGUAAUUCCUGUGUUGUGUCAGGUGAGACACUGAAAAUGCCAAUGUGCUGCCAAAGUGUGCCAUCCCUUCCUCGUGUCUGAACAAAUCCAAAGCCUGGGUUAAACUAAAAGCAAUGUUUUAUUAUCUGAUCAUAUUAGUCAGUAAACUGAGACAAAAGAGUAAAGUCAUCAAUUCAUUCUGUUCUAUUGGAAUAAAAUGUAACCAAAAGCUUACCUGUAUUUGUUUCAGUACCCACUGUUGGGACAUGGAUUUAUUUUUUUUAGAAACACCGCACACACACUAUGGUAAAGUACUGCCUUCAGUAUGGAAUGAAUUUGCUAUUUUAGUCUUUUCAUGCUAGAUCAUUUAUGAAGUUUAUAUUCUAUUUAUAUUUCUUGUAAGGAGUUCUUGCUCUGGAAAAUAAUUUUAUUGAGUAUGUCAUCAGUUUUGAUGUGACAAAACUACUUCUUGUCUUGAAUACAGUGGCUCUUUCUUUAAAAAUGUUCCAAAUAUGCAAUAUGUCUUUUGGGAUGAAUAAAUGGUAAAAAAUAUGAGAAUAAAUUUACAUCACAACAGAAAGCUGA